AUGGCUGCUCAUGUUUCUCACCUGGAGAAUGUGUCUGAAGAAGAAAUGAAUAGGCUCCUGGGGAUUGUAUUGGAUGUGGAGUAUCUGUUCACCUGCGUCCACAAAGAAGAAGAUGCAGACACCAAGCAAGUUUAUUUCUACCUGUUCAAACUUUUGAGGAAGUGCAUUUUACAGAUGGUAAAACCUGUAGUAGAAGGAUCUCUGGAAAGUCCCCCAUUUGAGAAACCUAGCAUUGAACAGGGUGUGAAUAAUUUUGUGCAGUACAAAUUUAGCCACUUACCCUCAAAGGAAAGGCAAACGAUAGUGGAACUGGCUAAAAUGUUUCUGAACCGCAUUAACUACUGGCACCUGGAGACACCUUCUCAGCGAAGACUAAGAUCACCCAAUGAUGAUAAUGCAGGGUAUAAAGUGAAUUAUACCAGGUAACACUGCUUUUGCACCUUGUCAAUUUUUGCAGUCAUGGAGUUCAUUUGAAAACA